UUAGUCCGUAAUGACGAUUUUUUCCCUAACGUAAAAGCACUAUUACACAUAUUAACAACACUACAAGUUUUAACCGCAACUGCAGAAAGAUCAUUUUCUUCAACGAAAAGAAUCAAAUCUUAUUUAAGGAACUCAACAAGUGAAAAUAGAUUAAAUGGGCUCACUCUACUGAGCAUUCACAAAGAAAUCACGGUAAAC